GGUUGACUGGUUUUUAAUGUAUAUCACUAAAAAAUAAAGGAAAUAAUAGAAGGAUUUUAUUAUUUUAGUCAUCUCUUUUAAGAGAUAUGACCAAUUUAGUUUGGAUUUGUUGUGAUUGGUUACUAGUGACAAGAUGAUAUCUUCAACCAAGUAAAAGGUUGUCGUGCUUGAGAAUUUCAGUUAAAAGUUAGUUGUUGUUGGGUGUAGCACAGCAUUUCCAACUUUAAUGGCCGCCGCAAGCAUGUCUAUCCCUCCUCUCGUCGCCAUCCCCACCAGCACCGCCGCCAGAGAUGGCGUCAAUCUCCCGCCGCAAAACCAGCUCGAGCAUACCACCAAACAACGCAUAUCCGAAACUGGGUCGCUCAAAAUUUGCAGAAACAUGGACGACAUCAAGCAAUUACACGCUCAGAUCGCAAAGAGGGGUUUCAAGGGCCACCGCUCUGCUCUAACCAAGCUGUUAGCUCAAUGUGCCGAAAUGGCUACCCCCGAAAGCCUGGAAUACGCGAGAAAGGCCUUCGAGCUCGUUGAAUAUUGUGAGAGUGGAAAGGGUUCGAUUUACAUGUUCAAUUCUUUGAUUAGAGGGUACUCGAACGCUGGACUAGGCAAUGAAGCGCUCUUGCUUUACGCGCGAAUGGUGGCAAAGGGUGUCGCUCCCGACCACUACACGUUUCCUUUCGUUCUGAGUGGGUGCGCGAAGGUCGCGGCUUUUCUUGAGGGUGUUCAGCUUCAUGGUUCAGUUGUCAAGAAGGGUUUCGAGGAAGAUGUGUUUGUGCAGAACUCUCUGAUUCAUCUUUACUCCGAGUGCGGGGAUGUUGAUCGUGCAAAGAAAGUGUUCGAUGAAAUGAUCGACAGAAAUAUUGUGUCGUGGACUAGUUUGAUUUGCGGGUUUGCGCGGGGGGACAGGCCUAGGGAGGCUGUUUCUUUGUUUUUUGAGAUGGUGGAAACGGGUAUUGAGCCCAAUUCAGUUACCAUGGUUUGUGUGAUAUCCGCUUGUGCAAAGUUGGGGGACUUGGAUUUGGGCGAGAGGAUAUGUGCUUACAUUGGUCAGUCAGGGUUGAGGGUUAAUACAUUUUUGGUGAAUUCACUUGUUGACAUGUACAUGAAAUGUGGCGCUACUGAUAGUGCUAGGCGGCUUUUUGACGAAUGCGUUGAUAAAAAUUUGGUUCUUUACAAUACAAUCUUGUCAAAUUAUGUGCGCCAGGGGAUGGAACGAGAAGUACUUCUUGUCUUGGAUGAAAUGCUACAAGGAGGACCACGGCCUGACCGGGUUACAUUGCUGUCUGCAGUCUCAGCCUCUGCACAGUUGGGGGAUUUUGACUUUGGACGGGAAUGCCAUGGUUACAUUUUGAGAAAUGGGUUAGAGAGUUGGGAUAAUGUUAGUAAUGCCAUAAUUGACAUGUACACAAAAUGUGGUAAACAGGAAUUGGCUUGCAGAGUAUUUGAUCGGAUGUUAAACAAGAAUACUGUCUCGUGGAACUCCUUGAUUGCAGGUUUUGUAAGAAACGGUGAUGUUGAAUAUGCUUGGGAGUUAUUCAAUCAGAUGCCAGUGACUGAUCUCGUGUCCUGGAACACCAUUAUCGGUGCUUUGGUGCAAGAGAGCUUAUUCGAAGAUGCAAUUGAACUCUUUCGAGUGAUGCAGAGUGGGGGGCCAAAAGCUGACAAGGUGACAAUGGUGAGUGUUGCAUCUGCCUGUGGGUAUUUGGGAGCUCUUGAUCUUGCAAAGUGGACGUACCAUUACAUUGUAAUGAAUGAAAUUCAUUGUGAUAUGAGGCUCAGUACAGCCCUUGUCGAUAUGUUUGCUAGGUGCGGGGAUACUCAAAGUGCAAUGCUAGUGUUCGAUGGAAUGAAGGAUCGGGAUGUUUCUGCUUGGACUGCUGCAAUUGGAGCAAUGGCCUUGGCAGGAAAUGGGUCCCGAGCAGUGGAGCUUUUUGGUGAAAUGCUGAACCGAGGGCUCAAACCUGAUGGAGUUGUGUUUGUAGAGGUCCUCACAGCAUGCAGCCGUGCUGGGUUGGUGGAUCAAGGCCUGCAUAUCUUCCAGUCAAUGAAGGGAACUUAUGGAAUAUCCCCACAAAUCGUUCACUAUGGCUGCAUGGUCGAUUUACUUGGCCGAGCCGGGUUGUUAAAUGAAGCUCUCAAUCUUAUAAAGGGCAUGCCAAUGGAGCCAAACAAUGUGAUCUGGGGAGCCCUUCUAGCUGCUUGCAGAACCCACAAAAAUGACACAAUGGCAGCCUAUGCAGCCGACAAGAUAACCAAAUCGGGCGAUUGCAGGAGUGGAAUCCAUGUUCUUCUGUCAAACAUAUAUGCUUCUGCUGGUAAAUGGACUGAUGUUGCGAGAGUGAGGCUACAGAUGAAGGAGAAAGGGGUCAACAAAGUGCCUGGAUCGAGCUCAAUCGCAAUCAAAGGAGUAGUUCACGAGUUCACCUCUGGGGAUGAAUCCCACCCAGAAAUGGCCAGCAUUGCCACGAUGCUAACUGAGAUGAGCUGCAGACUCAGGGACGCCGGUCAUGUUCCUGACAUAACAAAUGUUUUGCUGCAUGUUGAUGAAGAAGAUAAAGAAUUCUUGCUUAGUCGACACAGUGAGAAACUGGCCAUGGCCUAUGGGCUUCUUAACACAAGUCCAGGAAUGCCUAUUAGGGUGGUUAAGAACCUCAGGAUAUGCUCUGAUUGCCACUCAUUUGUAAAGUUGGUGUCAAAAGUAUAUGAUAGGGAGAUUGUUGUUCGAGAUAACAAUCGGUUUCACUUCUUCUGGCAAGGGGAAUGUUCUUGCAAUGAUUAUUGGUAAUAGUUAAAUACAACAAAUAUUCAUUAAUUCAAUCUUCUAAAACAUAUUCCUGCU